UCGCCCUAAUUUCUCCAGGAGGCGGCGCGACGGAUUAUUCGAGUUUUUUUUUUUUUUUGCGAUGAAGACAGUCACCGGAAGUGUUAACAGUGCGAAACCAAUCUCCCUCGCUAAGGCGGCCACGCUUCUCUCCGGGUUCGUUUCUUCUGAGACCCAGGCCUCUCAAGACGUUAGCGCCUACCUCCGACGCGCAUCUGCUGCCUUCACUGAAUUGAGGAGCUUCCACAGAAAGAUUCGAUCGGCGAAUCAAAAAUCCGAGCUCCAGGAGCUGGGUGGAGCUAAGGGGAUUGAUGAUUCGGUGGAAAACGAAGCUGUGACCGGAGAGGAAUCAGUUCAUGGUCGGAAACAGGAUGAGAUAAAGGAGGUUAAGAAGAAGAGAAAGGAGAACGAAGAAGAAGAUGUUGUUGAGGAGAAGGUGAUGGUGAAGUUGGAAGACGAGCAGAGGAGCAAAGAGAGAAAGAAGAAGAGCAAAUAUGAAAAUGUUAUUGACGAGAAGGUGAAUGUGAAGUUGGAAGAAGAUAGAAAGGAGAGGAAGAGCAAGAAGAACAAAAAGGAAGAUGUUAUUGACGAGAAGUUGGAAGAAGAGAGGAAGAGCAAGAAAAAGAGGAAAUUACCAAAGGAGACUGAUGCUUGAAGCUUGAAGACAGUUUUGGGAUUUUAGCUCAAGGUUUAGAGAAAACUUUGUAGCUGAGUUCACUGAAUUUUUCAAAAGUUUUGGGUAAAGUGUAGUAGCUAAAGAUGUUCCUUAGUGACAAUUAAGAUUGAGAAAGAUUUGAUUUUUGGGAAUUGUCUGUUAUAUUUCUUAAUUAUAUGCAUUCUGCAAUGGUGGAGUUAUGAUUGGUUUCGGUAUUCUGAUA